AAUAGAAAUUUAAUUAUUAUUUGCAAUUGUCAUUUCACACUGACCACAGCUCAGGUGUUUCAAGUUUGAGAAGUAGUAGAGUAGCUGACGGAUAGCUGGGACAACAGAGCAAAAAUGAUUUCCUCGAAAUAUAUGAUCCUUGUGGUUUUAUUGGGCCUUUCGGCCAUUGGCUGUCAUGCCGUCAACAUGCAGAGCAUGAUCGAUGAUGAGAAUGCCAAAUGUGAAAGCGGCAGUGAUAGUAUGGCCUGUGUCAAAGUGAGGGCUAUGCGUUUUGUGGACACUGUUAUGAAUAAAGAUGCUUUCAAGAUCAACGAUGUCGAAGUCACACCCAAUGGUUAUCAAGCUCCCGCCACUGAGGGCCGUUCCUCCAGCCACAGUUUCUUCGAUGCCGUCGAAAGCUAUCUGAAGGGUCACGACGUUACCAUGGACUUGCCUAUGGCUGAUGCCAAAGUCACUGUCUCCUCACGCAAUUUGGCCGAUGACGAACUAAGUCUGAAAGUCAAAUUCUCUGGUGACGGUGUCGUCGAAGGCAAGGGUAAGAAAGGAAGCAUUUUCAAGAAGGGCAAGAAACAUCGUUUGCGCAAAAUGGCCAUGCCCAUCAUUGUCCUGAUCUUGUUGAAGGCCAUCACCAUUAUCCCCAUGGCCAUUGGUAUUUUGAAAAUCAAGGCCUUGAACGCUUUGGGCUUGGGCUUCUUCUCAUUCAUUGUCUCGGUUGGUUUGGCCAUAUUCCAAGUGUGCAAAAAGAUCGCCUCUGAACAUCAUUCAGCCCACAUCACCGCUCACGGUCCUUGGGAUGGUCGUUCGGUCAGUUCUAUUUCUAGUGUAGAGCAAUAUGAAACAAACCCCGCUGCCCAAACCUUGGCCUAUAAUGCUUACAACUAAGCUAUUGUAGGGACAAGAACAUUGCAACAACCAAAAAAAAAACGCCUCAAUCCUUACCCAAAAACAAACCCCAGACCCUCCACAUGGAACCUCGAAGGAACAACUCUGAAAAACAAACACAUUUUUGUUACAAAGAAGAAGAUAAAAAGAAAGACAAGAACAAAAAAGUCUAACAACGACAACGCGAAUGCUGAAAUGUGUAAACUGAAACACAACAAAGAGCCCUUGAAAAAGGUCUACAGCUUUUUGUUUUUUGUUGGAAGAAGGCACAAAUUGUUAAUAAUGAUUGAUUUGUGUUAAGCCUUUCUCCUUCCAUUCACACAGGCUGGUUAUGUCAAUUUUCCUGUUUCCGGUUUAUUGCUGGCUUACACCACCAGCACCAGCACCCCAUCAUCAUGUCAGUUCACAUUUACAGCAUCAUUAAUUCCAAAGAAUUUUUCAUUUAUAGAUUAUUUUUAUAAAUGAAAUGGACAUUUUUUGUAAUUCUUGUAAAGCCCAGCAACAGUUUGUCUUUGCUGGAGACGACCUUUCUUUAAAUUUUAGUUGAUUGCUACUACCUUAUUUAUUUUUAUAUAAAAUAUUUAUUUAUUUGUUCGCUUUAAUUAAUUUAUUUAUUUAUUUUGUAAUAUGAAAAAAAAAAUGAAAACAAAUGAAAAAUAAGAAAAAAAUAUUUAAAAAUAUAAAUAA